AUGGGAGCUUUGAUAUUCUUGGGUGCGGUGGAGAAACAACCACGAUCACCUAAGAAGUCCCAAGCUAAAGGCUUGAUGUUCGUAGAUGGUAGUAUUAAUGGGAAAGGAGCCAAGAGCGUGAUGGUUGACACAGGGGCCACUCACAACUUUGUGUCAGAAGCUGAAGCUCGGAGGUUGGGGUUGAAGUUGGAGAAGGAUGUGGGCCGCAUGAAAGCUGUAAACUCAAAGGCCUCACCCACAACGGGCCUAUCUCGAGGGGUAUCACUCAAAUUGGGUCACUGGCAAGGGAAGACCGAUCUCAUAGUUGUUCAGAUGGACGACUUUGACGUCAUAUUAGGAAUGGAGUUCUUGUUGGCGAACAAAGCCAUUCCCAUUCCUAGUGGCCAACACUUGCUCAUUAUGGGAGAAAGGCCGUGUGUGGUUCCCGCAAGAAUCGAACAACCAAGUGAACCCCGCCUCUUGUCCGCCCUCCAGUUCAAGAAAGGUGUGAAGUGUGAUAAGCCUACCUAUGUAGCAGUUCCCCUGAUAAGGGAUGAGAUUAAAGGAGAAGUGAUUCCGAAGGAGAUCGAGGGGGUAUUGGAGAGCUAUGUAGAUGUGAUGCCUCCCGAACUUCCCAAGGAAUUACCUCCGAGAAGGAGUGUGGACCAUGAGAUUGAACUGCUUCCGGGGGCCAAACCGCCUGCAAAGGCGCCUUACAGAAUGGCUCCCCCAGAAUUGGCGGAACUUCGAAAGCAGCUUGAGGACCUGCUCUGA